AUGGCACAAGAAAAAAUUACCCUAGCGGAUGCGUUAUCCAAUGUAGAAGUGCUAGACGAAUUGCCGUUACCAGACGAGCAGCCAUGCAUAGAGGCUCAACCCUGCUCAGUGGUAUAUCAAGCCAAUUUCGAUACAAAUUUUGAGGAUCGUAAUGGUUUUGUGACGGGCAUAGCGAAAUACAUCGAGGAAGCUACUACACACGCGAAUCUGAAUCAACUUCUGGACGAAGGGCAAAAGCAUGCUGUCAUGUUGUAUACCUGGCGCUGUUGUUCGCGAGCAAUACCGCAGCCGAAAUCUAAUGAGCAACCGAAUAGAGUGGAGAUUUACGAGAAAACCGUAGAAGUGCUUAGUCCUGAAGUGAACAAAUUGCUCAACUUCAUGUAUUUUCAACGUAAGGCUAUAGAGGCAUUUUCUGGUGAGGUAAAACGAUUAUGUCAUGCUGAAAAACGUAAGGACUUUGUAUCCGAAGCAUACCUUCUUACUUUGGGAAAGUUUAUCAAUAUGUUUGCUGUAUUGGACGAGUUGAAAAAUAUGAAAUCAAGCGUCAAAAAUGAUUACAGUACGUACCGGCGAGCAGCUCAAUUUCUGAAAGUUAUGACCGAUUCUCACAGUUUGCAAGAAUCGCAAAACCUAUCUAUGUUUCUCGCAACACAGAAUAAAAUACGAGACACAGUGAAAGAUACGCUUGAAAAGAUAAUGGGCUACGAAGAGUUACUGUCAGAUGUUGUGAAUAUUUGCGUACAUAUGUAUGAUUCUAAAAUGUACAUGACUCCCGAAGAAAAGCACAUGUUGGUGAAGGUAAUGGGAUUUGGCUUGUUUUUGAUGGAUUCAGAAAUCUGUAACAUUAACAAGCUGGAUCAGAAAAAAAAGUUACGCCUGGACAGAAUUGACCGCAUAUUUAAAAAUUUGGAAGUAGUUCCUCUUUUUGGAGAUAUGCAGAUUGCUCCUUUCAAUUACAUUAAGCGCAGCAAACAUUUCGAUCCUAGCAAAUGGCCUUUAUCAAGCUCGACAGCAAUUAGUCCUCAAGCUGAUUUGAUGGUUCAUCUCCCAACUAUCAGGGAUGAUCACGUAAAAUAUAUUUCUGAACUUUCUCGGUACAGUAACGAAGUAACUACUACUUAUAAGGAUAAUGCGACGGACGCGGAAAAUAAAGCAACGGCAGAUCUAGCAUUGCGAGGGCUUCAGUUACUAGCCGAAUGGACGUCCGUGGUAACCGAGCUUUACUCAUGGAAAUUGCUUCAUCCAACCGAUCACCAUCAGAAUAAGGAGUGUCCAGCAGAAGCGGAAGAGUACGAGCGCGCAACGCGAUAUAAUUAUUCUGAAGACGAAAAAUUUGCUUUGAUCGAAGUAAUAGCUAUGAUCAAAGGUCUACAGGUGCUUAUGGCACGGAUUGAAACAGUACUUUGUGAAGCGAUCCGGCGUAGCAUCUACGCCGAGUUACAGGAUUUCGUGCAGCUAGUCCUGCGAGAGCCCUUGCGUAAAGCAGUGAAAAAUAAAAAGGAUCUGAUCAGAUCGAUCGUAAUGUCCGUUCGGGAAACUUGUGCUGAUUGGCAAAAAGGUACAGAACCUUCUCAGGAUCCUGCACUAAAGGGCAAGAAGGACCCAGACAGCGGAUUUUCGAUAAAUGUGCCCAGGUUGAAUGUUGGCCCCUCAUCAACACAACUCUAUAUGGUGCGUACGAUGUUGGAAUCGUUGAUUGCGGAUAAAUCCGGUGGAAAGCGUACGCUUCGCAAAGAUAUCGAUGGAUCGUGUCUGUUACAGAUAGAUUCAUUCCAUAAAGCUUCCUUUUACUGGACGUAUCUGUUAAGCUUUAGCGAAACUCUUCAGAAAUGUUGCGAUCUUUCGCAGCUCUGGUACCGAGAGUUCUAUCUGGAAAUGACUAUGGGUAGGAAAGUAAACAAAUGUACGGUUCGACAUCAACAUAAUGAAGAAUGUAGUGACUUGGUUACAAUGGAAAAGCGUAUUCAAUUUCCGAUUGAGAUGUCGAUGCCUUGGAUUCUGACUGAUCACAUCUUGCGCACCAAAGAACCAUCGAUGAUGGAGUAUGUACUCUAUCCAUUGGAUCUGUACAAUGACUCUGCGUUGUAUGCACUCACCAUCUUCCGUAAACAAUUUCUGUACGACGAGGUAGAAGCCGAGGUGAAUUUGUGCUUCGAUCAAUUUGUAUACAAAUUGAGCGAACAAGUGUUUGCCCACUACAAACAACUGGCUGGUAGCAUCUAUCUUGAUAAGCGAUUUCGUGUGGAGUGUGAGGUUUUAGGAUUCAACUUUCAGUCGUAUCCUCGAAAUAAUCGCUAUGAAACUCUUUUAAAACAACGACACGUACAGUUGCUUGGACGCUCUAUUGAUCUGAACAAGCUUAUUACCCAGCGCAUUAAUGCUGAUAUGCAGAAGAGCCUUGAGUUGGCGAUUUGUAGAUUUGAGGCGAGCGACAUAACUGGGGUUGUCGAGCUGGAGGCGCUGCUAUCGGUGAACAAGCUAUGCCACAAGCUUCUUUCAAAAUGGCUGGCAUUAGAUGAUUUCGAUGCCAUGCUGAAGGAAGCAAACCAUAACGUACUGGCACCGUAUGGGCGUAUAACACUUCAUGUGUUCGUUGAGCUGAACUACGACUUCCUUGCAAACUAUUGCUAUAAUGCUGCUACUAAUCGGUUUGUUCGUAAUAAACUACAAAUAUCUUUUUCUGGUGCCAUCACUCGUGAGAAAGCUCCAGUUAUGUCUCAUUAUUAUCUGUGGGGGUCAAAACCGUUGAAUGCAGCUUAUUCUACGCAAUACAGUCAGUACAAUGGUUUUGUCGGAGCGCCACAUUUCCAUGCUAUUUGUCGAUUGCUCGGCUACCAAGGUAUUGCCGUAGUAAUGGAAAUUAUUUUGAAGGACAUUGUAAAACCCUUAGUACAGGGCAAUCUUCUGCAAUUUACCAAGACGCUCAUGUCCGCUAUGCCCAAGUGCUGCAAAUUACCGUUGUGCGAUUAUGGAUCACCAGGUGUUCUGAGCUACUAUCAGGCACAUCUGGUAGAUAUCGUGCAGUAUCCUGACGCGAAAACUGAGUUGUUUCAAUCUUUCCGUGAGAUGGGCAAUUCGCUGUUGUUCUGUUUACUCAUUGAACAAGCAUUAUCUCAAGAGGAGGUAUGCGACCUUCUGCAUGCGGCACCUUUCCAGAAUAUUUUGCCGCGUCCUUUCUGUAAAGAUGGUGAAAAGCCGGAGAGCAAGCAGAAGCGAUUAGAAGCUAAGUAUGCGUCACUGCAGAUAGUACCUAAUGUGGAAAAACUUGGAACUGCUAAACAAGCAAUGAUUGCACGUGAAGGAGAUUUGUUAACACGUGAACGUUUGUGCUGUGGCCUGAGUAUCUUUGAAGUAAUUCUUGGCCGUGUGAAAUCAUUUCUUGACGAUUCUAUUUGGAUGGGUCCCGCUCCGAUUAAUGGUGUCAUGAACAUCGACGAAUGCUCUGAGUUCCAUAGACUCUGGUCAGCUUUACAAUUUGUUUAUUGCAUUCCUGUAGCUGGUACUGAAUACAUGGUCGAGGAAUUAUUUGGAGAGGGAUUGCAUUGGGCUGGUUGCACAAUAAUUGUGCUCCUUAAUCAACAGCGAAAGUUUGAAGCUCUUGAUUUUUGCUAUCAUAUUCUUCGUGUGCAGCGAGUAGAUGGCAAAGACGACACGGUGAAAGGAAUCAAUCUUAAACGAAUGGUUGAUCGCAUCCGCCGUUUCCAGGUACUGAAUUCACAAAUAUUUGCUAUUUUAAAUAAGUACCUGAAGAGCAACGAUAUCGAAGGAUCUAAUGUUGAACAUGUCCGAUGUUUUCCACCUCCACCACAUCCGAGCGUAGCCCCUUCGCACUACCAUGAUCCGAAUAAACUUCGCACGCAAUAAAUUAGUGCAAUGAGUCAGUCGUUCUCAGUUGAUACACACUUGGAAAAGUUUGAUUUAUAAACAUAAUUAAGGAACUAAAUAAGAAGUAACAGUUUAUAUUGCACAUUUUAAUUGAUUGCUAUAUUAUGCGCCAUUAAAAAAUUUGGUAUAAUACAUGUUGUGUCCAAAUGUUAGGCAAAUAUUGUAAUCAAUUAAAAAAUGUUGCUCAUCAUUUAUUAAUAAGUUGUUUAUUUUUAUAUGAAUGAAUCCAUAUUUAUGAGCAUUGUAUUCGGAUGUGUGUAUGCACAGUCUGCUAGUAAACAUUUUUGAAAAGUAACAAAUCCAGCAGUAAAUGAUUGAAAACUGCGAGGAAAUAAUUAUGUCUAGAUCAUGAAAAGUAAAUUACAGCUUAUUCGUGUAUUGAAAUUAUUUUCUAGUUAUGAAAACAUAACAUUGAAUAUAGCAAUAUUUAUAGGCAGUAAAAUGUGAAAAAUUAGUAGAUUAGUAUAGCUCUUCGCAUAUCUCCAAUUAUUCAGGAAUCGGAAUACUGAGAUAAUAAUAAUAAUAAAAAUUAAAAAUUCGGUAUCACUUCACGUACUAGGUGCUUCGUUUAUGAAUUUUACCAACUUUAUUACUUAUUGGAA